UUGGAGUUAUUCACAAAACAAAAGUAGUAGCGAAAGCCAGGAAAGAGUAAUACAGUUAUUUUCUUUUAUUUCACUAUUAAUUUCCAUUUCUUUGAAGAUUAUUACAGCAGUUUUCUGGAGAUCAUUAUUGCAAACGUAAGCGUUAUUUAAAUAUUUGGAAAAAAUUACGCGAUUUCCCUGCUACAUUAAACGCCUCAUCACUAUUUGCCUCCGAGUUCAAUCGAAUUAACUUAAUGUAAACUUAGCACACUAACACAAACAGGCUUGUUUUUCUUCAACUGUAUUAGAAUAUAUUUUAAGGCUUUAUGUUAAACAUCUUGGGGCCUUAAAACUCAAAUUAAACGACUCUCCUGAGAACUGAAGCUAACUUUGCUAAGCUAACAGGUAAACACACUGUUCGUCACCCAGAAGUGAAACAUGGUCAACGUGGAAUGAUCUGAAUGGAGUCGAAUAAAAAGAAGAAAUGGAAAUGGCGACAGGAUCGUGGUUACAGACGGUACAGAGCGAACCGAAGCAGAUCAUCAAGCAACGAGCAGCAUGGCUAUAAUGAUGCUGGGCCUUCUCACAGAUUAUCUCAGAUGGAAAACGAUAACCAACCUGCCUCAGCUUCAUCACCCCCAGCCUCUUCUUCCUCUUCUAAAUCUAACAGUGGAGUACCAGAGCUACCUGGUUUCUACUUUGACCCUGUCAAGAACCGCUACUUUCGGCUGCUUCCUGGACACAACAACUGCAACCCGCUGACCAGAGAACAGCUGCAAGAAAAGGAAAGGGAGAAACAGAGGCAAAAGAGACUGGCAGAAGAUGAAAACCCAAGAAAAAAAACCCCAAGAACUGGGCUGAACAUCUCCUUGUUGCUGCAGAAAAGGCAUCUUGGACUUUUACCUGGGAACUCCUAUUGCAGGCGUGUCCAUGAGGUGAAGGUUUGUGGAAUGAGACGCCACAAACUGGAGAUCCAGAGCACAGACAACAGCGACCCAAACACCGACAACUUCAGGAUCAUAGUGGGUGAUUCUGUGUCUGAACGAGUGUUCACCGUCAAUGACGUCUCACACGGCGGCUGCAAAUACGGCAUCAUGAAUUUUAGCAGCGGCAGCCGGGGCUCUCUGUCCGUGGAAAUGUGCGAUAACCUCUACUUCACCAACCGAAAGGUGAAUUCCAUCUGUUGGGCUUCUGUGAACUACCCUGACUCUCAUGUUCUCCUGUGUCUGGUGGGAGCGGCCGACACGCCGGGCUGCGUUAGUUUACUUCCUGCUUCGCUCUUCAGCAACUCUAAUCAAGAUCAGCCAGGGAUGUUGUGUAGCUUCAAGAUAUCUACAGCCUGGUCCUGCGCUUGGUGCCUCAACCCACAGUUUGAUAAGACCUUCAGCACUGGUCUGUCUCGACGGGUCAUUCUCAAGGAUGCAGAGACGGGACGAACACAGACGUACGGUGUGGGCACUGAUGUCUUAGCGCAGCAUUUUGCUCACAGGGUUCCAGUCCUGUUCAAUGGUUGCAGAUCUGGGGAGAUUUUCAGCAUAGACCUCCGGCAGCGUGGCCGCAGGGAUCACAGCUGGAAGGCCAAACGCUUCCACCAUGAAUCGGCCAUCACCUCUGUACGCGUCCUGCAGGAUGAGAACUACCUCAUGGCUGCAGACAUGUUGGGUCAGAUUAAGAUGUGGGAUGUACGGGUUACCAAGCCAGUGCUGGAGUACAAAGGGCAUUACAACGAGCACGCCUACCUCCCAAUUCAUGUCAAUGAACAUGAAGGCCUUCUGUUAGCAGUGGGCCAAGACUGUUAUACCAGGUUGUGGAGUCUGAAGGAUGGUCACCUGUUGAGGACCAUCCCAUCCCCUCAUCCAGCGGCAAACGACAUGAUCCCGAGCGUCGUCUUCUCCUCUAAUUUGGGCGGCAGCAGAGGACUCCCUGGUCUGCUCAUGGCGGUUAAACAUGACCUGUACUACUUCCCAUACAACACUGAUUACCAGGAUGAAGGGCAGCCGCCGCUUUAAAUCAGAUGAAAAUCUUUCGGCCCGACUGAAGACUGAAUGUAGUUCUGGGUUCAGACGAAACUACGACGACCGCAGCCGUCCUGUUUCUUGAGCAGAGCUUGGUUUAGGUGGAUUAUAUGCAAAACUCUCAAACGGACACUAAAGAGAACUGGUGCAGCCUACCUUCGACUGGAGCACCCAACAGGCAGUGUAAAGUCAGAACUUCCAAAAAUGAGAAUUAUUUUUUCUGACAGGUUUUCUUUAAAACAGAGGAUUUUCCCCUUAACCUUUCUACAAACAUCUCACAUCUUUAUUUGGAGUUUUAGGAGAUUAACCAACACAGAGUGGGGUAUGAAUGAAGUGGAAGGAUGCCUGGUUAUAAUUUUUAUUAAAUCAAAUAUAAACCUGAAAGGUGGGCUGCAUGUCUUUUGCACAAUAGCUCAAGUUCAUUAUUAGUUGGAAGGAGACAAUCUGUGAGCAUCAGUGUCUGAAUUCUGGAUUUAGACUUUGACUGCGCCAUUUUUUUAGAUCUAAACCGCUUGUACCAUUUUCAGGUUUGUUGUCCUGUUAAUUCAACCUUUUACAGCCUCUAACAGUUUUUGUACUAGUUGGUUUCUCAACACAUAGUACUUUGGACAUAGAAGAAAAAAAAUAGUUUUGUCUAAUCUGACCAUAGCUACUUUUAUAGGGAUUAUUUUUAACAGCAAACCAAUUUUGAAGUAAUUCCUACAUAAAGGCUAUAUUUAUUGAGUAGACAAUGAAAUAGGUUUUCUGUAUCUUCUUCGCCUCUCCAGGUUUACCUCUCGUCCACUCCAGAUUAUUUCAUUCAGGUUUAUCAAAAUAGAGUUUGCAUGUCCCACUUUUCUGAUUAUAUUUUUUAAAGAAUUUAAAACUUAUCUGCUACUUGGUGUUGGUAUGUUACAAUAGGCCAAAGUAAAUUGUUUCAAAAUUUGUGUUUACAUGGUGACAAAAAUCUUAAGUUCUACAUAAAAUAGAAAAUAAAUAAAAUGUUUUGAUUUUCUUAGUUCGAAGUAAAGGUUUGAUGAUUGUAUAAUAAUAACUUUUACAUCCUUAUAAAUUCUAAUGUCAGUGUCUUUUAGAAUGUUUAGAUUUUUCAGGACAAAAAAAAAUAUAAUACAUGUUCCAACUUCCUUCGAAGCACCUGGACCAGAAAGACCAUAUAGGUGACCUUUAAACCUCAGGGGAUCGUUUUUGUUUUACAAAAUAAAGAAGUUCUUCAAGUGCUUUCUGUAAA